AUGCUCGCUGCGGCGCGUGCACGAACCCUCUCCGCCCGUGUCGCCCACAGCACACUCCGCGCAGGCAAACCUCAGGCCACCGCCCUCUCUGCCGUCCGGCGGAUUGCCCCCUCCUCCUCUCGUUCCAUCCAGUCCGUAGCCCAGACAGACCGUGACACAAUCACGCGCCUGCUCUACUCCCUCGGCACGAAGCGUGAGGUCGAGCGCCACCUCCGUAUUUUCUCCUCCGCCUCGCACCCCUCCCAGCCUGCCAAGUUCGCUGUCGUCAAGGUCGGCGGCGCCGUCCUCGGCGACCUCGACGAGCUCGCGCUCUCCCUCAGCUUCCUCUACCGCCUUGGCCUCUACCCCGUUGUCCUGCACGGUGCCGGGCCGCAGCUGAACGACAUCAUCGAGCGCGAGGGCAUCGUCCCUGACUACAUUGACGGUAUUCGGGUCACCGACGCCAGGACGCUGCAGAUCGCCCGCCGCGUCUUCCUCGAAGAAAACCUCAAGCUCGUCGACGCACUCGAGAAGCUCGGCACGCGCGCGCGCCCGAUCAACUCGGGCGUAUUCACCGCCGACUUCCUCGACAAGGACAAGUACGGUUUGGUCGGGCGCAUCACGCGCGUCGACCGCCGCCCGCUCGAGGCCGCCAUCCGCGCGGGCGCGCUGCCCAUCCUCACGAGUCUGGCGGAGAGCCCAGAUGGCCAGAUCUUGAACGUGAAUGCGGACAUUGCGGCGGGCGAGCUCGCGAAGGAGCUUGAGCCGAUGAAGAUUGUGUUUUUGAACGAGAAGGGCGGGCUGUUCCAUGGUGUGACGGGGGAUAAGCUGGAUGUGAUCAAUCUCGAUGAGGAAUACGACGGGCUCAUGAAGCAGCCGUGGGUAAAGUACGGCACGAAGCUGAAGCUGCGCGAGUUCAAAGAGCUCCUCGACCACCUCCCGCGCUCCUCCUCCGUCGCCGUCAUCAAGACCGCCGACCUGCAGCGCGAGCUGUUCACCGACUCGGGCGCGGGCACGCUCAUCCGGCGCGGCUACCGCCUCUUCAAGCACCACUCCAUCAAAGAGUUCGGCCCCGACCGCCUCCGGCAGGUCAUCCACGACCGCGACCCGGACGUGCGCGCGGGGCUCGCGAGCGUCGCGGGCGUCCUGCACGACAUCAACCAGACGGAGUACACCAUCUACGGCGACGAGCCGCUCGACGCCGUCGCGGUCGUCACGCACCCGGCGGGCGAGGUCGCGGUGAUGACGAAGCUGCUCGCGUCGCGCGCGGGCGUGCUCAACUCGGUCGUGGACAACGUCUUUGCGGCGAUCAAGAAGGACCACCGGAAGCUGUUCUGGACGGCGCAUGCGGACGACGAGAACCGCGCGUGGCACUUUGAGCAUGCGGACGGGAGCUUCACGCGCGCGGGCAAGAGUCUGUUCUGGUAUGGCGUGCAGGAUGUUGCGGAGGUGGAGCGUGUUGUGCGCGAGCUGGAGAAGAGCGGGAGGCUGGAUAGGGCGUAUCUCCCUGUGGGGCCGAGUGCGCCGCCGCACCGCGCGGCUGGGUCUUCUGCUGCUGCCAGCGGUGGUGCAGGUGGGCUGAGGGGCUUCUCGACCCUCGCGCGGCGCACGCAGCCCUCUGGCGCUCGCGGGUACGCUACCGCCGCUCCGGAGCCGUCGACGGAGACGAAGCGCGUUGCGCUCAUCGGCGCGCGCGGGUACACCGGGCAGACGCUGACGUCGCUUCUAUCCGCGCACCCGCACCUCGAGCUCGCGGCGGUGUCCUCAAGGCAGCUCGCAGGGCGCCCGCUGGAGGGGUACGCCAAGUCUGCGGUGACGUACUCGAAUCUGACGCCAGAGGACGUCGAGCGGAUGGAGAAGGACGGCGAGGUGGACGCGUGGGUGAUGGCGCUGCCCAACGGCGCGUGCAAGCCGUUCGUGGACGCCGUCGGGAAGGGCGCAGCUGAGGGGAAGGGCAAGGGCGGGGUGAUUGUGGAUCUGAGCGCGGACUAUAGGUUCGAGGAGGGGUGGACGUACGGCCUGCCGGAGCUCUACUCGCGCGACUCCAUCCGCGGCGCAACACGUAUCUCCAACCCGGGAUGCUACGCCACCGCGGUUCAGCUCCUCUGCGCGCCGCUGCUCCCGCACCUCGCGCCUGGCACGCAGCCGACUGUGUUCGGCGUGUCGGGGUACAGCGGCGCGGGGACGGUCGCGGGCCCGCCCGGGCCGGAUGGUGUGCUGACGACGGCGCCCAAGGUGACGCCCGAGAGCCUGCGGAACGCGAUCAGGCCGUAUGCGCUCACGGACCACAUACACGAGCGCGAGGCGGGGCGCCAUCUGUCGUCCCUCCUUGGGGAUGGGGAAGUGAAGGUGGCGUUUGUGCCGGCGGUGGCGCCGUGGUUCAGCGGGAUCAUUGCGACGCUGUCGAUGCCCCUGUCGGGCAAGCUUACGGCGCGGGAUGUGAGGGCGCUGUUUGAGGAGAAGUAUGGCGGGGAGAGGCUGGUGAGCGUUAAGAGCGAGGUGCCAGGGUUGGGGGACAUUGAGGGCAGGAACGGGUUUGUUGUUGGUGGGUUCCAGGUGCAUAGUUCUGGGGAGAGGGCUGUUGUUGUGGGCGGUUUGGAUAAUCUGCUCAAGGGUGCUGCGACGCAGUGCUUGCAGAACUUGAACCUGGCGCUCGGCUAUGACGAGUAUGCCGGUAUCGACCCUUAG